GUAGUAGUAGUAGUAGUAGUGGUAGUAGUAGUAGUAGAAGUAGUAGUAGUAGUAGUAGUGGUAGUGGUAGUGGUAGUGGUAGUGGUAGUGGUAGUGGUAGUGGUAGUGGUAGUGGUAGUGGUAGUGGUAGUGGUAGUGGUAGUGGGAGUGGUAGUGGUAGUGAGAGAGGGAGUAGUAGUAGUAGUAAGAGAGAGAAUGGGAAGAUGAGUAGGAGUGUUUUAUAGUAGUAGAAUUAGUUUUAUAUACUUAUUUAUGAUUUGUAUAUAAAUGUUAAUUUUAUUUUAGUACUUAAUUAUAUAGUUAAUAGUGGUAGUAGUAGUAGUAGAAGUAGUAGUAGUAGUAGUAGUGGUAGUGGUAGUGGUAGUGGUAGUGGUAGUGGUAGUGGUAGUGGUAGUGGUAGUGGUAGUGGUAGUGGUAGUGGUAGUGGUAGUGGUAGUAGUAGUAGUAGUAACAGAGGCAAGA